CUGUUCCUCAGCUGUUUGCUCCUGACGUUCAGAUUCCCUAAUAUUUUUUCUUUUUGUUUAACCUUCUGCUUGCAUUGUUCAAUCUGAGCUCUCUUUGUUGUUAAACAGAUGUCUGCUACUCUCAGUCUGCGUCUGUUGCACUGCUACUCGAAACAAGGAACAUUUGGAUCUGGUUCUGGGGUCAUGCGCACAUUCAGUGUUAGUGUGCCCAGAGAAGGCUACAAGUAUGUAAAUGCUCAGGAGCUGCCGACUGACCUGAAAUCCAUAACUGACCGGGCUGCAACAACCCUCUUAUGGACUGAGCUCAUCAGAGGUUUAGGAAUGACAAUGAGUUAUCUGUUUCGUGAGCCUGCCACCAUCAACUACCCAUUUGAGAAAGGUCCUCUGUCGCCACGGUUUCGUGGAGAGCAUGCCCUUCGCCGCUACCCCAGUGGAGAAGAGCGCUGUAUCGCUUGUAAGCUGUGUGAAGCCAUCUGUCCUGCUCAGGCCAUCACUAUUGAAGCUGAGACUCGAGCUGAUGGCAGUAGGAGAACUACACGCUAUGACAUCGACAUGACCAAGUGCAUCUAUUGUGGUUUCUGCCAGGAAGCCUGUCCUGUUGACGCCAUUGUGGAGGGUCCAAACUUUGAAUUUGCUACAGAGACUCAUGAGGAGCUGCUGUACAACAAAGAGAAGCUGCUAAACAAUGGAGACCGAUGGGAGGCUGAGAUAGCAGCCAACAUACAAGCAGAUUAUCUUUACAGAUAAAAGGUUAUGUUUGCGACAAACCAUUAAGUAUAUGCAACAAAGAGGAAGCUACAUGUAGCCUUAUUGAUGUAAAAGUGAA